AUGAAUGCUCUUUUGGAUUAUGGUUCAUCUUCAAGCAGUACAGACGGCGAUAGCAGUGAUGAGGAAAAAGAGAAAACUGAGGAUCGAAAAGAGGACGAGAAACCAAAGUUACCAAAACCUACCCUAGGUGAAAACAGUCUACACACUUCGGUGUUUUCAAAUCCAUUUGCCCAAGCAGAACUAGCAAAAGCUGCAAUCUUAGAAAAACAUGUCAAAAUGGUUCCAGGUAUAGACAAUACUCAGAUGAUCAAUGGAAAGAAAAUAUGCUGGAAUUAUAGAAAAGGCAAAUGUAGAUUUGGCCAUAACUGCAAGUAUGCACAUGAUUCUGAUAUCCAAAAAUCUACAGAGGAAUUAGAAGCAGAAAAACAAAAACUUAACAGUGUUGUUUGUGAAGGAGCUGGCACUGUUGCAUCAGCACCUCCCCCUCAAGUUAUUCUUGAUUCACCUCUGGCCACUAAUGAAGAUGUGUGGGAUGGGAAAGUUGGUAAAAAGAAAAAACGACCUGGUUUAUCCCAGGGCUUAGUACCAGGAAAAAAGGUUAUAAAAAUGUAUAAGGAACAGAAAAUCAAAGAUAAUGUUAUUAAAAAAGUG